UUUUCAUCGUCAUCCGACAUCCCGCAAGUAAUCCGGAAAUGGCCCAGACAUAAUGUUAUCGUACCAAGUCGUUCCGUGCAUUCUCGAAUUGUUGUCGAAUUGUAUAUAUAUUAACUGGUUGAAGUUGUUCGACGCCAUAGUUAUAGGUCGAUCGCGGACGACGUAUUCAAUUUUAUAUUUAAAUUUAAUAUGUGAAAUGAUUUAUGUAGUGGCAGAAAGAUUAAAAACACAAAAGAUUCAAAUAGACAAAUCUAAAUUAGUUCUUAAUGACAUAAUUGCUGCCUCACUUAACUGUCCAUUUUUAUUUGUACCAACAUCUAUCAUUAACAAAGAUGUUUUAGAUAAAAGUAUAUGUUGUGCGGUUCAUUCUUCAAUUAUGCGACUUAAUGAUUCUAGUAUGGAAAAAUUAAUGGGUUUGAUAGAAACUUCUGUUAAAAUGCAAAUGUUCUCUAGUAAUGGUCCGAGGCAAGUAUUACUAGUAACAUUGAAUCAUUUAGAUUCUAUCCGUGAAUUGGCAAGCACUCAUCAAUUGAAACAAAGUGUAGAUAUCAUUCAACAUAAUUUUUAUCAAACUUUUGAGAAAAUGACUAAUGGAGAAAUUAUGAGAAUGCGUUAUGCAAUGUUGAACUAUUUGCAAGAUAUACAUGUCAAAGUUACCAUAUUUAUUAAAGAAGGUUUACAGCGAUAUAAUGGGUCAUUUGUUUCAGUAGGAAAAUGGGUGAUACCAUAUGGAUGUGAAGCUCCAGGUGUUAUAAGAGUAUUCAAUAAAAAUAGUACUCUUAUUGACAUCAGUACAUUUCAUCCAAUAUCAUUUUAUAAAGUGGAAACCGAAAUAGGUUCAAUUAAGCCUAAUAGUCCUCGUAUCACAACUCUUGGGCUUUCAAUAUUUAAUAUUAAUAAAAAUAUUAAUCAAUCAUUAGAAGAAACGUCAGAUCCAUUAUUUAAUGGACAAACUAGUCGUGAUGGAUAUAGACAAGAGAUGGAUCUUUUUGUUACACAACUGAUGGGAAGUGAUAAUGAUAAUGAAGAAAUAGAUAAUUUGGAUCUAGAAAUAUUAGAAACUCCAUUAAAUAUAAAUGAAAGCAAAGAAGAAGAAAAAAUGUCAAAACACAAAAUUUUAGAUUUCAGUCAAAUUACUAACAAUUUGUCUUUACAAAAUAUAAGAGCUGGAAUGGAUGAUUCGGUUUCAAGACAAACAGAAGAUUUACUAAACAUGAUGCAGUUAUUAGAUUUAGAAUAAUUACCUAUUGAGAUUUUAAUCAUAAAGAUUGUUUCGUUCCAGAUCUCUAAAUUCUAAAAUAUAAGUUUUAAGUCGUAGUUUAAGUAUUUCACGACAAAUUUCUUGACUAUGAUCUGGAUUUAUAAUGCCCAUACGAUACAGUUGAUUUUCAUUAAUUCUUAUCAAAGCACGUCCAAUUAUUUCAUGCUGAAAAUAAAUAAUGAUAUAAAGAUUAGU